AUGUCGACGGAUAUACCGCCCUUGGAUAUCAUCACUGGUGCGCUGCUCAUCGGGACCUGGGUCAGCUCCUUGUUGUAUACAUUCGAGCUCCGCGAAGUAUUCCGUUACUUUCGGAAAUUUCCGAAAGACGAGUGGUACAUCAAGGCGCUUGUGCUCAAUACGGUCCUCAUCGAUACCAUUACGACCGUGGCGAACUACGCCGCCGUCUACCUCUAUACUGUCACGCACGCGGGCGACCUCGUAUAUCUCAGCAGGCAGAAUUGGACAAUUCCGCUGCUGGUAUUCUCCACGGGCUUUGUCGCAGCGCAGGUCCAACUGUUCCUGAUCAUGCGCUAUUGGCGAUUCACGAACAACACUGCCUUUCCCCUUUUCCUCCUCCUUUUGAUCGGCACCUCCACUGGCGCGUGCUUCGCAACAGGAAUCACCGUUGCCCGCUUCCCGUCCUACAUCCAACGGCACAAGGCGCGCACAUCCGCGACUCUCUGGGUGAUCACGCAGAGCUUGAUAGAUGUGCUGAUUGCGGGUGCGCUGCUAUGGCAGUUCCACCGCCUCCGCGGCGGCUUUAAAAAGACUCAGAACAUCAUCGACCGCCUUGCGCUGCAGGCGAUACAGACGGGCACGGCGACGGCGACGGUAGCGGUAGCGGCGCUGAUCACGUAUUUGGUCAAUAACGAGAGCAACGUCCCGCUUGGAAUCGCAUAUGUCAUUUUCGACAACCUGAACAUCCGGACGUUCCUUCAGGUGCCAGGCAAUGGCGUCAGCCAGCUAUCGGGGUCCCAGUCGGGGGACGACAAUAUAACGCAGUUCCAGGUCGCGCGGCGGGAAGGCCCGGCAAUCAUACCUGGGCCGGUUGUUCACGUGCACCAACGGCCCGGGGGAGACAGUUCGAGCAACGGCGACGACGGUUCUGAGGCGCGAACUGUGUCUGACUCGGUGUGCGGGCGGGAUGUCAGUCCACUGGCAGGAAAGGAGUCGGAUGUGGGGCUUGUGGAGGACUGUGCGGUGUAG